AACGAUGUUGAAUUUCACAACUGGCUACUCAUGAUUAUUUCACUAUUUCAGCAUUCGUUUAUUUUAAGUUUGUGUGUAAGUCGAUGUACCACAGUCUCAAAUCAAUCAAAAAUUUAUUUUUAUAGUGUUAGUUGCUAACCAGGAAGAAGAAUGUGUACCGCUGCAUCCAACAUUCAGUGAUUUUUGUGGAAAUGCCGCUCGAGGAUGAAAUUAUUCCUGAUGAUAAGCAGGGGGCGAAUCGAGGUGAAGGGUUGCAGAAUUUCCUGGAUUCAGCGCAGAAUGCUUUAACGGAAGCAGUUGCCAAAAGUGCCGCGGAGAAGGCCGUGGAUAACAUGUUUUCCUCUGGUCAACACGCAAAUCGAGGAGGUGGACCCCCACAAGAGGGGCUCUAUCCAGAUAUCAAUAGAGACAAUAAUCGACAUCAAGAUCCGUCCAUCAUGGACACUGCUCAAAAUGCAUUCGCUGAUGCAUUUGCCAAACGGGCAGCUGAAAGGUUGGUGGAUGGUAUUUUGCCCUCUAAUAACCCAAGACCGGAAGGCAACUAUGGACCUCCAGCGGAACAUACAAGACCUCAAGGUUCAGAACAUUCUGGAUUUGAUCUUGGAAAAUUGGGAUCUUCACUCCUCGAAUCCUUAACAGACCAAGUGUUGCAUCCAUCUGACAAACAGAAUCCUCAACAGCAACAUUACUCACAACAACAACAACAAAUGCAAGGCCAAGGUAAAGAACAACAAGAACAGCCAGGUUUUGAUCUUGGAAGCAUGGGAUCACAACUAUUGAGUUCUUUAACUGAGCAAGUACUUCAUCCCAACAAGGCACAACCAGAACAAUUACAAACUAGUGCAAGACCAUCCCAAAUAGAAAGUGACAAUCAAUCUGGUUUUGAUUUCAGCAAAGUUGGUUCUGAAUUGCUUGGUUCUUUAGCUCAACAAGUUCUGCAUCCUGCUGAUAAAAAAGUGGCAGAACAACAACAACAACAGUUGCCACCUAGUCAAGAUAGUAACAAACCGGACUUCGAUAUUGGCAAAGUGGGUGCAGAAUUACUCGGUUCUCUAGCUGAACAAGUAUUGCACCCUUCUGAUAAAAAGGAAGAUGUCCAGCCGCAAUAUAGGAAUCAUGAUAAUUUGGAAAAUCAACCAAAGCCUCACUCUUUAGCAGAUACUGCUGGAGACAUAGCAUCUUCUGUUUUGGGGUCAUUAGCUGAAUCAGUAUUGCACAAGAACUCGAAUAAUGAAACACAGCAAUACCAAGGUCCUAAUAAUUACGGACCUUUUCCUCAAGGACCUGGACCUCAAUGGUAUCCACCCCAAGGCUAUAGACCAGGGCCUGAAGGAUACGGGCCAGGGCCCUAUGCAUAUGGACCAGGCCCCCAAGGAUAUUGGCCUGGCCCUCAAGGCUAUGGUCCACCACCCCAGGGUUAUGGCCCUGGUCCCCAAGGUUAUUGGCCACCCCAGGAAGGUUACGGGCCUAAUCCUCAACCUCCUCCUCACCCAAAUCCUAAGAAUGAACAAUCAGCUGAAGAUGUUGGAUCUAUGUUACUGAAUACGGUAGCUAGUGCUGUAAGGCAAAAUCCAGCUCCCAGUCAGGAUCAUCACCAAAGGAAGCAACCCGAAGAAGAUGAAUCAUCAGCUUCUGAAUUAGGCUCGUUUUUAGUCAAUUCACUGGCAUCUAAAAUGUUACAACCUCGUCAUUGAGGAAUCAGAAAUUAAAUUCUUGAUAUUCAAAGCAUAAGCUAUCCCCAAUAUAUUUUAAAGCUAUUUAUUUUUUUACCAUAGUAUUUAAAUGAAAGGUGAUGGAAAAUUCCACCUAUUUCAAUUGUAAAAGCUUUUUACCUUUCACGCAAAAUUGUUGAAUUGUUAUUGAAUAUGUGUAAAGUUUUAAAAAAUAUCUAUUCCAUGGAUUUGGUGAUGAGAGUUCAAAGUCCUCUGAAUUUUUUAACAAUGAUGAAGAAUUGGCUGUGAACGAUAAAACUCUCCAUAGAAUAUCAAAUUAAAUUUUAUCUGUCGUGCCUUUAGAACAAUUGUUAUAAUAUAUAAUUAUAUACAUGGUGCUAUUAUUCAAUAAAAUUUAUUUAUCAAGUGA